AUGAGAAAACUCCUCGGCAAAGUAACUGCCGAAAGCAGCACCGACACCCACUCCAUCGGCAUCACCAGUGCGCCGCAAUAUCAGGCCUCCUACAGACCCAGUGCCUCUCAGAACGUCGUCUACCCUGCCGGCGCCCCCAUUCUAUGCCUCGAUACCUCCACCGAUCACCGAGCUGCUGUCAUCGCCGGUAGACAUGUUCUCAAGACCAUCCUCUUCGACGGCCUGUCCGUAAGCGAAGGUACCGACCUCCGUGCCGCUAUCAAUUCCGCCUCGAGCAAAGGCGCAUCGAGCUCUCUGACGGCAGACCAACUCUCCAUUCGAGACGUCAAAUGGCACGGCGACGCCACCAUAUUUACCGCCUGUGCCAACGGCAAGAUCUUCUCCUACGACCUUUCGAGGAUUGCGACCGGCGGCGCUGCCCUCGAAUUCGUUCAGACGAGGGAGGAUUCGCGCCAGGUCAACAGUCUCGACAUCAACCCUCAUAGGCAAACCACCUUACUCUCCGGGAGUCAGGAUGGCCUGGUGCGGUAUUUCGACAUUCGCGCGCCAGUACAAAGCAGGUCGGGGGGGCUCACCUACAGCCCUCGAGGGGCAUACAAGUGCAACGCGGACGGAGUCCGGCAGGUCAAAUGGUCACCCAAAGAUGGCUUCUACUUUGCCUGUGGCACCGAGUCUGGCGUCGUGCUCAAGUGGGACGUACGCAAGAUUGCUCAGCCAUUGCUCAAGAUCCCUGCGCAUGACAAGGCGUGCGCCUCCAUCUCGUGGCAUCCGGACGGCAACCAUCUGAUCAGCGGCGGCUGGGACAGCAAAUGCGCUGUAUGGGACAUGUCUAAGAAUGCCGAUAAACGUCAAAAGCCUCGAUGGGUCAUCUACACACCCGCCUCUGUAUCUGCGGUGGCGUGGCGGCCUGGUCUUUGGUCUGCCAGCGCUCAGGGGAAACGUGCCGCUCAGGUUGCUGUCUCCUACGACGACGGCAGCCACAAGCGAUACGGUAUCAACGCCGUACAUAUCUGGGACUUGGCCAGGCCCUCCAUGCCAUACAAGGAGAUUGAGCGCUUCGAGAUCUCCCCCUCAGGUUUGUUGUGGCAGAACCAGGACCUUCUCUGGACCGUCGGCCACGACGGCUUUUUCAACCAAUGCGAUGUAGCAUUUGCCCCGAAAGUCCUCGAUAGGCAAUCUGUGUCGACCAUGGCACUAUCUGCUAGAGGCGAUGCCGUCAUGUUCCUCGACGAGCGACUACAUGACCGCCCACGACCUCCAAUCGUCCAUCAUCAGCCAAGCGUCGUGCCUCCACGAACAUCCUACAGCUCAAGUCCGACGACACCGAUGCUGAGCAUCAGCCGCAGUGACUCUGAAGAAGAUGUCGUCGGCAGCUUUUUGGGGCCUCGUCGGCGAGUGAGCAGGAAACGCAGGCACAGUCUGCGUUCCAUCCCCGUCCUUAGCACCACCCCUCCAUCGGGGCCAGGCCUAAGCGACGAUCUCGUCUUGGGUCUUGAGCAAGCCAUCAAAGUCACUGGCACUUACAAGACUCAGCAGUCUAUGGCUGUUGGUCAUGUGCCCGCAGCAGCAAGAGUCGAUGUUUAUCAAUAUCUUUCCAGCUACUAUCUUGAGACUCUGGAUAAAGAUCUCCCGUUUGUCGAUGGAGCGAAACCACUAGCGCAAAGAAUCGCUGGCAUUAUGGAGAAAUACGCACGCGCUGCAGAACACGUCAAUCUAUUCCGCCUAGCACAAACAUGGCGGAUUCUGGCUUACUCAAUGAACCUCUUGUUGAGCAGAAGAGCGCAAUUCCACCUCGAGACGCGACUUGGGCGAUUCCAGAAGAGGCGGUCCAUUUCCAAAGGCAAAGAUGUACCCAAGCUCAGGGUACCGAGAGCAUUGGAUGUUGUUGUGGAGAUUAAUGGGGAAGAAACCCCUCGACGGCCGUCAGCUCUUACAUCCAAUGGCACAGACAGCAAGUCUUUGGGGCCACGGUCCUUGCUCUCCGAAGAGAUUGAAAGCACAUCCAACGUUGCAACCCCAAUUGCGAGGGCCAUCAACGAGGAAAAUGCGGACCAGUUUGAGGAAGCUCAGCUGCCGCCGGUCAAAGAGUUGGAUAGCUUUGCUUUGCCCCCCGCUGCCCACAGUACGUUCAACAUAAGUCCAAGGAGACGGCUGGACUCGGUUCCUUUGUCUACUACAAGUCAUGAAAGCGAUCAGACGCAGGCCUCCAUCACAGAGGGAUACGACUUCUAUGAUACUGACGCACUGUCUCAAGCGAUAGAUGUGCCCGAGCCAAAGAAAAAGGAGCAGAAGCCCUUGGACUAUGGCCCCCGCACGCCGAAUAGUCGACGUCCGUUGCGACAUGAUUCUGAUGGCUUUUCUCAAAUGUUCUCCAUGUCUGAGAGCAGCCGCCAAACUUCUGGGCUGGCAUCAUCCUCUGAAGGGGGUACAUCAGCGUCGGCUCACUCCAUCACUAGCUAUCCCACUCAGCUUGCACAUCAAAAGAGUGCCAAAGAGCAGGGCGAAUACGAAAGCCGCAUCCGUGGCAAAGAAAUCGAGGACUCUCCAGAACAUGGCGCCCUGGCGUCACUGCAUGGUCCUGGCGAGAGUAUGCCCCAGGAUUCUCCAGAAGAAAUCUUUAUGAUUUCUCAGACGACCAUGGCUUCUGAUACGGCUACGGACGAACCGUCGACACGUUCACAGCUGGGAUCAUUCCCUGCGACCUACGAAGACCAUGCACCUCUCCACGUCGGUUCCGACUACCUCCCAUGGCUGGAAGACCCAUCAUACCCCCAUCCUUUAUCAUCGAACCCAGAGGAGGACCGCUCACCGCCGCUAAACCCGUGUACCCUCCUCUCUCGCGCCCUGGAUUUCGAAACACGGACAUCAGCGCUCAAUGCCUCUGCCAUGGUCCUACUGCUGAAGCCCCUCGUGCCCGAAUCCGUCAUCGAUCCCCAUCGCGCAUCCUCCAUCCUCCGGCAGCAUCACUCGCGCCUGACAGGAAUGAAGCUCUUCAUCGAAGCUGCCCUCCUCCGCAAGCUCUGUAUCAAGGGUUGGCCUGAGGGCAUUCCAGAUUGGGGCGAAAACUACACAUCCAUCUUCGGUCCCGCCCAACAAGGCGUCAAGGGCGGCUUUAUCUGCCCCAGCUGCCACAAGCCGCGAGAGCUGGACCCGUCCCUCGGCUCCAGAGCCCUUUGGAAAUGCGACCGCUGCCGAACAACGAUGGCCCCUUGCGCCGUAUGCGGCCACCGCGAGACCACAGCCACGAUGCUCUCCCUCGCCGAAGGCGUUCCCGCCACCCCGGCACCAACCGACCCUCUCAGCGACGGGUGUUGUCCCCUCGAUGGCUGCGGACACGCGUGUCUUCCCGGCAAAUGGCGAGACGAGAAGUCGACGACGCGCUCAGACGAGCUUGGUCGUGCGGCUGUCGAGAAAGUGCGCAUCGGCGGGGGCGGCUUGGGCGGCGGCGUCGGUGGAGGGGGUAAAGCCGAAGGGGGACGGAGUCCCGUGAUCCCGCCAAAUGUCCGCGGCGACAGCGUCGAAGUGCCGCAGAGUCGUGCGGUGGAGAGCGUCCGCGAGGCGUUGGCGAACGGUACACCUACGUCAGGGAUACUCAGUUCUAGCCCGGGGAGCAGGACUGGACCCGGGGAGCGCGAGCGGAGGAAGAGCGUCAAGUUUGUGCCGACGGAGCGCUAG